GUUUACAUAAAUUAUGACAAACAGGGGUUUAUUACAAAUGUUUUAAAGUAAGAAAUAAAAAGUAAAAGGCGUCAUGACAACGAAAUUUUUAAGAAUUGUUUUAAAGAAUUUUACGUAGUUAGGUGUUAAAGAAAUAAUUAAUCGUGUAGGGCGAAAUUAUGCAAGUAUCAAAAUCAAUGCAGUUAUUCAUUGAUCAGUAUUUUUUCUAAAAUAUCGGUAAAUUGAGAAUAAAAUAAAUGAAUAAGAAAGUAUUUGAAAUUUACAUAAUUUUAUGAGUUAUAGAAAUACUGAAAUUAAAUGCGCACAGAUAAUUGAGGGUAUUUAAAGAAUUUUCUAUAUUUUUUGUAUUAUUAGAAUAUAUAAUUAUGUACGGAAACAUUUUUGCAUAAUAUAAAUACAUUUGUAAUUGAUGGUAUUUUUUUAAAUUGUUGAUAUUUUAGCAAGUCGUCAUGAAAUUAGAACGUAUGAGGAAAUGAGAAUAUUUGAAGAAUGUUUCAUUAAUUUGACAUUAUAGGAAUACGGAUAUAUGAGGCGUUAACAUUUUUAUAAUUAAGGAUUUUUGAAGGCAGUUUAAUAUUUUGAUAUUAUAUUAAAGGAACUUAUAAGGUAGGAAUAAACAUUAGAGAAUAUCCGAUUUUGACAUCAUUUUAUAUAAGAUAUGAAAUAGAAAACUGCACAUAAAUGGUAACUUAGAGAGGUACACAAAAAAUCAGUAUACUUUACUAAUUGUAUAUGGUUUUAUACAUUAAUAGAAUAAAGAAAUAACUAGGGUAAGCACAGUAAUAAGAAAAAUAAUGUUGAUUGCGAAUAUGAAUAGGGCAGACACACACAAAAAAUAUUAUGUAAAUAUGUGUAUACGUAAUUGUGUUUAUUGCAAAUGUAUGUAGAGUAUCGGUAAUAUUGAAGGUCUUGAGUAAUUUUAAGUAAGAAUUUAAUGUGUUCUGUCACGAAUACUGUGCAGUUAAAAUAUACUGAUAUAUGCGCAUUAAAUUUCUGUUAUUGAAUAAACUCUAUAAGGUACAUAGAGGUUUAUGAGAGCCUAUCAUUUGCGAAAUGAUGGAAGCCUACCAUUUACUCAUGGUGGAAGAAUACUUAUUGUAUUAGAUUUAUGGGAUUAGUUCAUUAGGAGAACAAGACUUGAAAUUUGAAGUAUACCGAUAAAUGUUCUGGUAUUAUGAAUGCAUAUAUAAAAAAGUCUGCCCUUUUCAUAAAAAAUUUCACAAUUGUUUAGAGCGACGCGCGUAUUUAAGAGCGCCCAGGUACAUAUGUCGAUAGAAAAUGUCAUUAAGUGCAUAAUGAUACACGGGAGAUUAGUGAUUUUAAGAUACGAACGCGAUACGUCUGUUUAAAGUGCAAUACCCUAGGUAAAUAAAGUAGCGCAUACCUGUCACAAAUUUACUGAUAGCACGUACGUAAAAUAUCGAGCUGUUAUGUAAUGUUUAAAGGAGUGUUUCGAUAGUAAUUGGUGUAAUAAAGGUUGUAUUUACUAAGGCGUUCUAUUAAGUUGUCAUGACGGUAUUUAAGAGGAACUUUAGGGGAUAUUUAUAAAUGUUUGCCAUGAUUUUGAACAACUGAUACUUGUGUCACCACAACGCAGAUGAAAGAUCGAGAUUUGAAGACAACGCCGAAGAAGAGCGACUUCGCGAGACAACGCCUUCCUCAACGAAUAGAAGAAACAAACAACAUGAUUAGGAUGGAACAUCACGGCGUUUACUCUCAAAGUGAAUACCUGGUUCUAUCGCUAAAAGAGGACCAACGCCAGAAGAUUUCGAAGGACACCAAGUGACGCAACACUGGACACAAUACUUGUGACGUUAAACACUAUAGAGUAGAUGCAGCCGUUUAACUGUUUGACGUGCGUAGAUAACGCAUUUGGAAUGAUACUUCCGAGGCCUAAGACAUCAAGGAGAACACUGCUAUAGUUAAUACCUCGUGAGCAUUAUGGACAAAGAUCUUAAUGUCCCGAGAGAAAUGAAGACGCUGGGGCAAUCAACAAAAGUACAAACGACAACGAAAACAACAACAGCGAUGAAUACAACGGAAACGACAAUCGACGACGCAAGUUAAACAUCGGAAAGCAGAGCUGAAUCAACAAACGCAUUCCAAUCGCCACGGACGAACCUACAAUCGGCUUAUCUUCAGGACGGCGGCAAUGACAUUAAAUAAACAUCGUAUUCGCCACGUGACGACUUCAACACUACAUGGACGACACCAGACGUAUUGAAGGCCAACGACCAACAGAUGAUGUACUCCGCUACAUACCGAUUGACAUUUAUAUUGUGUAACAUAACUUAUGUUAUCUAUUUCAGCAGAGACGCUUGUAAAAUAAUAAUAAUAAUUUUUUUUUUUAAAUCAUAAAUAUUUUUUUGAAUAUCAUAAAAUAUUUAAAAAAAUAAAAUAAGGGGAAAGUUGUGUCAUGUAACAGCUUUUAACAUAUCGUUUAUUCUCAUGAGUUUAUUCUUAUGAUGGAAAUUAAUAAUGGGAUAUUUCAAUAAUAUGUAUAUGCAAUGUUAAGAUGAAGUUUGAGAAUUUAAUAAUACAUCCAGGGAGGUAUUUGCAAAACUAAGACCUGAUUUAAGAUUUAUUUAAAGUAAGAACGCAAAUACGUUUACACUCAGGCUGGGGUAUAAUUGGAAUCAAUAAAAUGGAAAGUCAGACCUGAUUUAAGAUUAAAUCCAAAUAAGAACACAAUGAGUCCAGAGUCAGCAUAUAGAUACGAGAUUAUAAGUAACACGCAUGGUCAACAAACAGCAAAGAUGAAAAGGUCACCUGUUGUCUGGGGUACAAAAGUUAUAGUACUGACGAACGUAACGGGAUUAUUCUAAACCAAUAUAAAUUGAUUAGAUUUUAGUGCAUAUGGCAAGCAAGUAAAUACAUGAAUAGAUUGUUCCUUCUAGAACAUUCUAAUAAGUCAACCAAUCCGUAAUAAGCCCAGACCUUGGUGACCAAUGGAAAUUACAAGUAGAUUUUAUGUAAAUUAACCUGGGGAUAAAAUGCAGUGUUUUAGUUAGUAGUGGGGAUUAUGCGGUUAGAUUUGAAAAGAAUUUGGAGAGUUGUCACGUCUUCUUGACGUGGCAGCCAUGUUGGCUGCCACGCUGUAAAAUUGUAUUUCGUGUACAUUAACACGCGUUUUGUUAACAGAAAUAUUCGACAGAAAUAAAUCUCGAUGAAAACAGAAAUGAACUUUGGUUGUUACUGUGUGUUAUCAACGAACAAUGGGGGCAGUUUUGUGCGAAAUAUAAUGGGCGCUAAAAGUAAAAGUGGAACUUUUGAAACGUCAAUAUAUAAAUCGAAGAAUUUUCGUUGCUUCUCGGUGCUUUUGAUCAUGUGCUUGGUGGUGUUUUGCUACACUUUGCAGUAUACAAACUACAACAUAUUGGUGGUGACAGUUUUCAGACCCAAAGAAAAUGGAACAGUUAUCCGGGAUAUGAUCUCAUACAUUGACCAUUUUAAUUGGUCAACUUUGGCAUUGUCCGGCCUGGAAUCAACCGGGUCGCCUCCCCCAACAUCCAGUGUUCCGUUGGGAUUCGGCGCGGUAACAACGAUGCGAUCUGAAUCACCAGGACAGAAUACGUCAUUAAUAGACGUAUCCUCAACGUCAACCCAACGGGACAAUAAUAAGAAAAUUCUUUGGUUCAACAAGCCAUCUUGGAUGACAGAGCAUAUUCUAGAGAAGACGUUACAGAAUUGCGAAUACCGGAACUGUCAUACUUCGACAGACAUGAAGCUUUUUGAUACUGCGGCCGCGGUGAUCUUUACCAUUUCGAGCGGCUUGGGAAACCAACCACCUGUUACCCCUGACAAACGCAACCCUGAUCAAGCCUGGGUAUUUUUCACCCUCGAAGCCCCAUCCUACUAUGGCGGGUUAGGCCAGCCUUAUUUUGCUGAAGGAUGGGCUUCCACAAUGAAUUGGUCCAUGACCUACAUGCACGAUGCCGAUAUAUUCUUUCCAUACGGAACUCUGGAGAGACGUUCUGAUGCAUACAGUCGAAAUUACAGCGCUAUUUAUAAGAAUAAGACUAAAUUGGUAGCAUGGUUUGUCAGUAACUGCAGAACACCCGGAAGGAGGGAAGACUAUGUUCAGGAAUUAAAGAAUGCCAGUUUAGAGAUCGAUAUAUAUGGUGGAUGCAGUCAAGAGGGAUUGCAUCUUCCAAGAUUCCAAUCCGAUGAUAUAAAUCAAACAUUAAGUCAUUACUUUUUCUACUUUUCGUUUGAAAAUUCCAUUUGCGAAGAUUAUGUGACAGAAAAGCUGUUUGCACAUUAUAACUAUGACGUCAUACAAGUAGUCCGAGGUGGUGCGGACUAUAAAAGGCUACUUCCGGAAAACUCCUACAUAGAUUCCGCCAAUUUCGACAGCCCGGCUAAAAUGGUGGAAUAUUUAAAAACGUUAGCAGGCAAUAAAACGAAGUAUGUUGAAAUGUUAGCGAAGAAGCAUAGUGUUCAGUGUAACGGGAUACUUGCUGAAGACGACAAAAGUUACAGUAAAUCUUUUUGUACAUUAUGUCAAAAGCUAAACAAGUUAGAUGAAAACAAGAAAGUGUAUACGUCGAUGCAUGAUCAUUAUCGACAAGAUCGCUGCAAGUCCUGAUUCGAUUUUUUGCACUGCGGUACCCUGCUUGCCGUUUUUCAGCCUGCUAGCCGGCUUUUCGUAACGCAUUCUGGUACCCGUCUUGUCUUUAUUAGUCCGGUACCCGGCCUGUCAAUAUGCAUAGCUUAAUGCAGUCAGGUACAUGUACAAACCUUGUGUUGAUGCAAUUUGGUACCCGACUAGUCUUAAUGCAGGCUGGUACCAGGUUAGUGCUGAUGCAAUCUGGUUCCCGACUAGUCUGAAGUUAUGCCCCUUUAUUACUUUCUUUGUUUGUAGAAGAUCUCUACUUGUUUUAACAAAAUGAUUUACAAUCCGGAUUGCAUAUUGAUGACAUUGACUUGAUUUUACUUUUAUUUGCUGAUGAUACGGCUAUUGUAGGUAAAACGCCCGAUGGAAUUAAAAAUCAUUUAGAUAAUCAUCAUUAUUAUUGCAAUUUAUUGAUAUUAAAAGUUAAUACAGAGAAAACAAAAAUACAGUAUUUCGGAAAAGAUGCGGAUUAUUGCCGAAUGAAAAGUGGACCUAUAUUGAACAUGCCGUUCAAGUUGUGAAUGAUUUUAACUAUCUUUGAGCUGUUUUUAAUUAUACUGGGAGUUCCACAUUGAAUCAGGAAACUUAACGGGUACAGCAUUAAAAACAAUGAAUAUUUUAUUAUCUAAAUGUCAUGACUAUGAUUUAAAUCAAAAUAUUUUGUCAAUCUGUUUACGCAUUUGUUGGUUCCAUUUUAAUCUCUUCUUCUGAAGUUUGGGGCUAUAUUAAAUCUAAGGAAUUAGAAAGAAUCCAUGAGAAAUUUUGUAAACGAUUAUUUAAAGUUAAACUUAACACAUGUAAUGCAAGUGUCUGGUGAGCUGGGUAGAUAUCACAUGUAUAUACAUACAUAUAUAUAUAUAUAUAUAUAUAAGCAAAACUUAUUAAACGAAUACAUUUUUGUACCAUUUAAUUAAACCGUUAAAAUACAUUGAGGUUGGCAAAUGAAAAUAUCAUAAAAAUAACGUUUGGUUGUAUUUUGUAUGCUGUUAUUGCAAAUCGUCUAAUUUUGCUUAAGUGGCCCAAAUCGUCUAAUGUUGCUAAAUUGGCCGAAACGUUUCGUUUUGCAUCUACAAAAUGAAAGAAAAUUGUUGUCCUCUGUAUAUUUAUAGACCAAACAGGUUAUCAAUCUUAUAGUUCGACGAUAGCAAGACGGGAAGUUCACCGUUUAAGUCAUAUGACUAUAUGAACCUUUAGACUCAAUAAGGAUAUCACAUCUUUUUAGUUAUUAUAGCUUUACUAAUUUAUUGCAGCAAAACGCCUGUGUGAAGGCAUUUAUUCAAAGUUUAAAAUUCAAUCAGAAUUUCAAAACAGGUGCAUAAACAUUAAACCUACAGUGCAGUAUAGAAAGAGUUUAAACUUAUUCAGAAACGCCAGUGAAAAGACAACAACAUGGCUACCCAGUCUACGGCGAGUAAAGGAUCAGAUGUAUUUGUGGAUUACUGCUGUUCAUCAUGUCUAGAAGAAGACAUUCAAAUCGAGGCCUUGUUUUAUUGUAAACUGUGUUCAAAGUUUUAUUGUGAGCAAUGUUUAAAUUUCCAUAAACAACUGUUUAAAAAAACACACCACCUACGAGAGAGGGGAAUUAAAUUUGUGGCCUGUCUCGAAGGUUACGGAGGACUUUCUCGAGAAGUGUAAUGAACACGCUGACAAGAAAUUAGAACUGUUCUGCGAAGACCAUGGCCAGCUGUGCUGCAUAACAUGCGAUCUGCUAAAUCAUCGGUACUGCACUAUACCAGUACACGAUGACGGGGACACAGGUGAAAAAACUGUACGAAGAUACCACUGAUAAAUUCACAGUGUACAAGUGUGCCGUUGGCUUCGCUGGUGACAAAUUAUACGUGUCAAGCAACUCCCACCAUAAACUCCUCACCCUGGCCAGUGAUGGUACAGUUAUGUCCGAGUUAAGUGAUCCUGCACUUCAACAUCCACAUACCGUUCACGUUACUACGUACGGACAGGUUAUUGUCUGUGGGCACACGUCCAACUCUGUUAUACAGGCAGACAGCAAGGGGAAAAAGAAGAUUGCCUCUCUGUUAACACAAGAAGGCGGAGUGGUAAAACCAUCAUCCGUCUGCUACAGGCAAAACACCAUAAUUGUAGGACUAUUGGAUAAUGAUCAAAUUUUAGUUUUUACAAUCAAAAAGUAAAACAAGAGAUGUGUUUGUCAGAAACACAAUGCCCCUUAAUGCGCCGCUUUUAUUUUAUUUUUGACAUUUGACCUUGAAGAAUGACCUUGACCUUUUACCACUCAAAAUGUGCGGCUACAUGAGAUACACAUGCAUGCCAAAUAUAAAGUUGCUACGUUCAAUAUUGCAAAAGUUAUGAAAAAGGUUACAGUUUUGGGACACACACACGGACACAUACAAUGACAGACAGGCCAAAAACAAUAUACCCCCCGAUCUUUCGAUCCGGGGGCAUAAAAACAGGUUAUAAUAUGUCAUAUAUGGAAAAAAAAUUGUUGUGAAUUUAUGCCCUAGUGAAUGUUUCUAUAUAUUUUUUAGAAAUGUUAUAUCUGUUGCAUUUGAUUUAUUUCCACAAAGGUAUGGUAUCUUUAGGAAGUUCUCACAUAGUGCAUUAUGAUCGGGUAAUAAGUGUUGAAAAUGUUAAUUUAAAAAUACGUCUUUAAAUAAUAUUUUUGUCGAAUAACCCACGGUCAUGAGUAUGCGUUGGAAUCAACUCCAGACUGGUAACAAACAAAACGUAAAGGUUUCUAUAGUUUACAUUUUGUGUAAAUGCUUAUAUAUAUUGUUAAAUAAAAUAAAAUGUUUUUGUUAAAAUAUGUUAAAUCAGAACGCUACACUUUAAAGGCUGUUGCGCCAGUUUCGGCGAUUUUUGUCCUCAAUUAUAGAUAUAUUUGCAAAUUUGUCUGAAAAAAAAAUCAACAAACAAAUUCUCUAUGAAAAAUGAAAUUUAAGCAUAGGGUCACCUACCUUGUUUUGAUUUUAUUUCCCAUUGCGCAACAUGCACUUUUGUUAAUUUCAACUUGUGUCGAAACUGAAGAUAAUCACGAAUUCAAGUUGAAACUGGCAAAGUUUCAGUAGUUAGCAAGCUUAAGUACACGGACUUAUAUUGAAGAAAAGUUAUGCAAUACACAUAAAAUGAAUUGAAUUUCAACAAUGUUAAGAAAUCGUGAUUUCUAUACGACCGAUAUAACCGAUAAAAAUCUUACUAUGGUAGUCACAUAACUGAGAUUUAAAGAGUUGUAAAAAUAUAAUUGUGCCACUCUUUUAUUGUCGUCAAUUUAUGUUCUCACAAUAAAACAAGAUUGAAAAAAUAUAGGUUACCACAUUAUUUUAGAAUAAAAUUUAAUAUUUAGCAUUAACUAUAAGUCAUAGUUUACAAAAAACGAAUUUCCACCUGCUAAACUACAAAAUUGUGUGAAUUAAUGGACUUUUUUAAGAAUAAAUAUAAAACUUUUUGACGAUAUUAUAACAUUUAACAAAAAAGUAACACCCCUACCCAUCCGCAAUAGUGUUUUCGAAUUAGUGUUCUUGUUGAAGUAUUACAUCCAAAUGUUUUCUAUGUUUUUUAUUUUACCAUAUAGAAAGUACAGUUGAAAAGAUGCAAAUAAAUAUUAAGAACAUCUUUUGCUAUGAAUUCAUUGAUUUUAAAUAGACAUAACAUUGAUGGAAAAUACAUGAAAACAAGAGGUUUAACAUCACAACCAACCUACGCGCAGAGCAUAGCUGGAUCAAAUCCCUGACUUCAUAACCAAACACGUGGUGAAAUAAUUUUACCGUUGGUAUUUUUACUUUUCUUAAUUCAGGAUUUUUUUUAUUAUAAAACUAAAAUUAUACACUAUUUUCAAAAUGUAAAAGAAUACCACCAGCUGAAUUUUAUGUUCCGCGGGUUUGAUUUUGUUUAUAUGUUUAUUAUAGUUGUUUGUGUAAUUAUAUUUUCGCAAGAAGUGUAAAUUUACUUGUAUUCAUACUGGAUACGAAACUGCGUAAUUGUAGUUGUGUUAUGUAACAUUUCUAAUGUACUCACUUAUUAAAUAUAUUUGUGCAUAAUAUAUGUAAGAUAACCAAUUGCCAUUUACUGUCUGAUUGUUAAAUUUGGCGCCAAAUUUGCUUCAUGCAAAGUUCGUGAGCUAUUUCUUUCUAAUAUAAUUUAAUCAUUAUUAUGCACAUAGCAUUUGUUGAUGUUAGUUUAUUUUCCAUAAAUGCUUAAAACUGUUUGCCACUCUGUUGAAGACACACUUUGAAAAAAAUCGAUUUUUUCCUGUCUUCACUAUUUUAUGUUUACCCACCACUGUCAUGUAUUAUGUUAGAUAGGAUGUACAACUUUUACAACUGUAUAAUCUUUUUCUUUUCACAUGACCUUUUGGUAUGUUUAUUAUAACAUGAUUUAGACUGACGAUGUACUAUGUACAAGUCGUAAUAAAAUUUCUGUUCGGUUCUGUUCUUAUCUGAAAAUGUAUCGACACACCAAGUCUGGAUUAUCUUACCUAUAUAUGAACGUGACUGUCGUUGGGUAAUUGUAUUUACUCAUGUGUCUUAUCAAACAUUGGACUCUUCAAACGACAGACUUACCAAAUAUCUCUGUAAACAUUCGAUAUUUGAAAAAGCUGUCCGGGAGAGCACAUUUAUCUAUUUAAAUGUCAAACACGAUUAUAUCGUACAAUGUAAAGAGACAAAUUAAAUUGGAAGUGAACAUUAAGUCUGACAAAGUUUGUCAGUUUUAGCAUUAAAUAUUAAUGGUGACACAUCGUGAACUUAACAGGUUGACAUUUCCUUUCUUUUUUCAACCCAACUUUAAUUUAAGAAAAAUAACUUUUUGUCGAAUAAUUACAAGAAAAAACUAAGUGUUCCAUGUAGAACUACAUGCUAGGCUACACUAAUGCAUUUAUACAAAUCGAAGGAAAUAAAAAAAAAUUAUCGGGUUUAAUAUUGAUUAAAAGCUCACGAACAUGUUUUGUAUGUACGCUGUUGAUUCAUGCAGAUAAGCUUUGCAAAUAAAAGACGCUAGUCUUAUUGAUAAACGUUCAUUAUGAUAUUUAGAAGUUUAAUACAUUUAGGAGUGUUUGGUCAUAUCUAAAAACUAUAUGUUGAGAUAUUAUUUGCUGUCAUUGUGAUAAACUGGAUCACAGAGUAAACAAGGGCUGUUUGUAAAACAUGCAUGCCCCCCAUAUGGGCUGUCCAUUGUAGUGGCAGCCAUUGUGUGAAUACGUUUUUUUUCACUGUGACCUUGACCUUUGACCUAGUGACCUGAAAAUCAAUAGGGGUCAUCUGCGAGUCACGAUCAAUGUACCUAUGAAGUGUCAUGAUCCUAGGCAAAAGCGUUCUUGAG